AUGAGAGUCCACUGUCAGGCGUUUGCCGAUGACGUGGUGCUAGUAUUCGAUGGAGCCACAGCCCUAGAAAUUGAAAUGGAGGCAAACGGUAUACUCGACUAUGUUGAGGCGUGGGGCGCCCGUAACAAGCUCAAAUUCGCCGCACACAAAACCAACGCCAUGGUAAUUACGCGCAAGCUUAAAUACGACGCGCCGCGCCUCAGCAUGGGCGGGGCUGCUGUUCAGCCAGUAAGCCAGAUAAAACUGCUGGGGGUUACCAUCGACUCCAAAUUAACUUUCAAUGCGCACGUGGCAAGCGCCUGCAAAAAAGCCACAGACAUAUAUAAGAAAUUGGCCAAGGCGGCAAAAAUAAAUUGGGGUCUUAACCCAGAGAUUGUGCGGGUGAUCUACAACGCCGCCGUGGAACCGGUCGUAUUGUACGCCGCGAGCGUGUGGGGUGCCGCAGCGGAGAAGAUCGGUGUCCGCAAACAGCUGGACGUGGUGCAGCGCGGCUUCGCUCAAAAGAUAUGCAGAGCCUAUCGCACGGUCUCUCUAAACUCAGCACUAGUAUUGGCCGGUCUGCUCCCCCUCGAUCUCCGUAUACGCGAAGCUGCUUCGUUGUACGAGAUCAAGAGGGGUGCGCGGCUGCCGGAGUUGGGGGACUGGGAGAUCGAGCGAACGGCAUCUGCCCUUGACGCUCCUCAUCCGGCCGAGCGUAUCGACUUGGGUUUUACCGGCCUGGCAGACCGACAACAGGUGGAGGCUAACAUCAAUUUUGAUGUUAGAAUCUACACGGACGGCAGCAAGAUUGACGGGGGGGUCGGCGCAGCGAUCUCCAUAUGGAGAGGCGAGGCGGAGUCCAGGUCCGUCAAGUUUUGUCUGUCGUCUUGCUGCACGGUCUAUCAGGCCGAGCUCUUGGCGAUAUGUGAGGCCACGAGGAGAGCCAUAAAGUACAAUGCAAGUACUUUUGGAAUCUACAGCGACUCCAUGGCAGCGUUACAAACGGUAACAAGCCCCGUUUCCCUUCAUCCUUUAGCAGUAAAAACAAGGGAGAACCUGAAAACAAUCACCCGCCAGAAUAAGUCGAUAAAGCUUUUCUGGAUAAAGGCACACGCGGGGCUGGAGGGAAACGAGAGGGCCGAUCAGCUGGCCAAGGAAGCCGCUGUAAACACUAAAAGGAAAGCGGAUUACGACCUCUGUCCCGUCUCAUAUGUCAAGGGAAUACUCCGUAAGAGGUCCCUUGGGGUAUGGGACGACAGAUACAGGUUGGGCGAGACCGCCGGUACCACAAAGAUCUUCUUCCCUAUGGCAUCUGACGCUUACAGGGUGGUGCGUCAGAUAACCUUAAGCGGCCCGAUAACUCAAAUACUGACCGGUCAUGGCGGCUUUGCGGAUUACCUGUGCAAAUUUAAAUGCCGAAAUAGUUCAGAAUGCGAGUGUGACCCGGGAGUCAACGAAACGGUCCCCCACCUACUCACGGAUUGCCCGAUCUUCGGUCGGCAAAGAAUAGAUCUAGAACAUAAAAUAGGCUGCAAAAUAAAACUAGAAAACUUAGCAGAAAUCAUUAGAAGUAAAAAUAGGGAAAAUUUUAUGAAAUUUAGUGAAUAUAUUGUAAGAGUAGUAAACAAGAAGAAUGGUAGCAAUAAAACUGUGGUGUCCACUAUAUAA